AUGAAGUGGCUCCUUGCUCUCCUUCCUCUCGCGGCAGCAGCCCCUGCGUUCCCUAAUGUCGAGCUUGGUGACGCUCCACCACCCGGUCAGGUCAAGAUUCGCGGUGUCAGCUAUGGAGGAACUGGUUGCCCCCAAGGCACCAUGAGCUCCCAGAUCAACAGUGACAGAACUGUUAUGACGCUCAUCUUCGACGCGUACAUCGCCUCGAUUGGUCCCGGUAUCGCCGUUACUGAGCAGCGCAAGAACUGCCAGCUGAAUGUCGAUAUUGAGUACCCAGGAGGCUUCCAGUACUCCAUUUUGUCCGCCGACUACCGUGGCUACUCCGCCAUCCAGAAGGGUGUCUCUGGCACUCUCAAGUCUACCUACUACUUCUCCGGAGACACUGCUCAGACUUCGACUGAGUACAAGUUCGACGGGCCAACAAACGGCGACUACCUCAAGCACGACGAGGCGGACAGCACCUCAGUCGUGUGGGCGCCAUGCGGCACCAACGGCAUGCUCAACAUCAACUCGCAGGUCCGCCUGACCAGCAGCAACGCCAGCGCCACUGGCCUCCUCACCACUGACUCUACCGAUCUCAAAUUCACCCAAGUCGUGUACGUGCAGUGGCAGAAGUGCACACCACCCAAGCAGUAG